AUGUCAUCGUCGGGCGAUACAGACGCAUCAUAUGAGGAGGAAGACGAGGGAAACAGCAACUAUGCUCAUUUCCGUGACUGCCUCUCCACGACACUUCUCCGUCCUCCACCCACCACGCAGCACCAGCAGCCCACCAAGUCACGUAGACGUGGCAAGGCCACUAACAAACCGAACUCUUCAAGCACCCUCACCACUGGUAAUCGCGUAGAAGAUGCGGUGGAACUAGCCGAGUUCACCGACUACCUCGCCACCGAGAUCUUUGAGAAUCUCCCUCGGGAGCUGCAAGACAUAGACUACCGCUCAUGGCGCGACAGCCAGCGGCUGCAGAGUCAAUACUCCUUACCCCUGACUACAUCCUCCCUCGCCGAGCUCAACCUCCCAACCCACGUCACCGAGACGCUGGAGACGUACAAUCUCAUAGCGUCACCAGACGACAGCGGCCAAUCCACCCUGCUGCCCUCCUCCACGGAGAGUUUCCUCCUGCCCAUCAUCACCGCCUACCUAGAGCCCCUGAUCACGCCGCCGCCCGCGACGACCGCAACACGCACCGAAGCCUGCGAGAUCUGCGGCCGCUGGUGGAUCAACCUGUCCUACCACCACCUCAUCCCGCGCUUCGUCCAUGACAAGGUCGUCAAGCGCGGCUGGCACCGCAAGGAGGACCUGCAGAACGUCGCCUGGCUCUGCGGCGCCUGCCAUCGCUUCGUGCACCAGUUCCGCGGCCACGAGGACCUUGCGAGGGACUAUUACACUGUUGACCUGCUCCUCGAGGACGAGGAGGUGCAAAAGUGGGCGAAAUGGGUGGGCAAGAUGCGCUGGAAAGGGGGCGGGGGGAGAAGACGCGUGUUGAAGUAA